UAAGCAAGAAUGUUGAAAAGGAACUAUCAACUUUGAACCAGAUGCCUGAAAAAAAGGAAAAGCAAAUUACGGGAAAGGUUAAGUUUCGGCUGAAGGUCGCCCUGACAGAGACAGAGCUGAACGAAGAUUUUCUCAUAACAGCGCCGGGAAAUCAGCCCAUCAUAGAGGCUCUGCAGGGAGACACAAGACUUGACAAGAUCAAGAAGAAGCUUCCAAGGAUUUAUCUAUAUCCAUACGGUGAGAACAACCCGAUCAGGGGGGUACCGAACAUAGGCAGCCCCUGCAGUCUGAUAGAAGGUGGUAGAUUUGAGGCAAGGUUAGGAAAAGUUCAAAACCCUAACAAAAAUAGUGAGGAUGAGCUUGGGCUCAGUGGUAGGCAUAAGAUCUAUCUUGAUGCUAGAGAUCGACGUUAUAAGGCCAAGUGGCUUACCAAAGAACAUCCGAACACGUUUGAUUCCCCCAUUUUGGUUGAUUGCCUUCCCAGUGAUACACUUCUAUUGGCACUGCUUAGAGAUGAAAGGAUUAAAAGGGAUUGGGUGAGGUAUGCUGAACUAAUUUGCAAAGAUAGUACUGGGGAGAUUAACACUAAACUCACCGAUGAGUGUCGCUCUCAUGAUGGGAAGACCUUUGCAUGUCGAGUGCAUCCUAAAACAUUACAAGUUAGUGAUAAAGAAUGGGGAGAAGUGAUUGCACAACUAGACAACAGUCCUGAUGUAGCUAUUUCAGGUACUAGGGGGGACCUAGAUCUACAGGCAGAAAUAGCCAAAUCAGGCGAGGGCAGUGAGACGGAGAGUCUGCAGACAGAAUGGUUGGUUAUCCAACAUAGAAGCAAGAGUCAAGUUGCUGAGCUCUUGAAGUUGGACUUAGAGGAGAAAGAUUCACCUAUGUCAGAAGGGAAACGUAAGAAAAAAUUGGAUCGGUUUGUGAAGCCAUAUAGGCAUGAUUUUUGCAGUGCCAAUCCGGGCAUCCGUAUUUCAUUGAUGGAGAAAUGUUGUGAGUUGGGACGUUCUGUUGGGGUUCUUAAGAAAAAUGACCAUCGCUAUGGUACUUGCCUCCGACUUGGCUCCAAGUUUGUAUUGACUAAUAGGCAUGUAACAGAAGAAAUGGCAAAAGUGGGGGGUGAAAGUUUUGUUGAAUUCAACUAUAAAUCUUUAAAUGACCCAGACUUGUUCGAAUUCAAAGUGAAACGUGUUGUGUGUACCAGUCAAAAUAAUGAGUCAGAUCAUAGUCUUCUGGAGCUGGACGUUCCAGAUGACCAGUCUGAAAGGCUGCCUCCAGGGCUCGGACAUUUGAUAGCUUCAUCCAGCAAGGCAAAACUAGUGACAAUCAUUGGGCACCCAGGAGGUAGGCCCCAAGAAGCAAAUAUUUGCUGUCCCAUAGUAGGUUCAGAUCAUAAGAAUAUUAAAGCAAUUGCGGUUUAUUUGAACUUCAAUCCCGAGCCCACAGGGGGAGCAAAUUACCGCAUGGUGGAUGACCCUGGAAGAGUCACCUAUAGGUCAGUGUUUGGCCCGGGUUCCUCCGGGUCACCAGGGUUUGAUGAGGAGGGGAAACUCAUAGUUAUGCACACUUGUGGCUACCCGCUGUAUAAAGGGUCCUCAAGUUUGGUAGAGCAAGGUGUAAAGAUGACAGCCAUAAGGGACGACCUGGAACAAUAUGAUCAUGGUCUCUCAGCAGAGUUAUUCCCAACAGAGAGUAUGGAAACUGAUUGAGGAAAUGGAUGAUUUAAAAAAAAUGUUACAUAGAAUAUCUUCUGUAAUAUUUCAAAGACAUCUUUGAUACAAGCUUUGAGCAGUAGCAGGAAAGAAAAUGAAAUAAAUGGCUGAUGUCAGGUGCGGUGGGGAAUUGGAUCCAAUCGUGAGUGGAUUGCUUUACACAUUACCAAUGAGCAGUAACCAGAGUUAACUCUCUAAGAAGUUGCAGACAUUGUCAUGUAUACGUUAGAUGCUGACUAAGCAAUACACAAGUCUUAUUGUGUUGAUGUUUAAGAUAUUCUAUUCUGUACAUCCUGUAAAUCUACUUCUAUUGUGAAACUGGUAUACUUGUUUUUGAUAUUCAAAACAGCUGCAGAUAUUGGGAGUAGAUAUAACACUAAUCUGGUCCUUUGCAUAAACAUGAGCACAAGGUACCCCGUGAAGAAAACAAUCAUGAGGUUCUUCUUGAUUUGUACUAUUUGUCGUUCUAGUCAUCAUCAAAACUUCUCAAAAUGAUUUGAUAUAAACGUAAAAACAUUGUAAAUGCCAAGUGAAACUUUGAGAUACUGUACUAGUAUUUUGUUGUAACCUUAGAUAUUGCUGUCAUCUUACAUGUAACUUUUGAAAAAUGUGCCUUUUGGAAUACAUUUCUAAUGGGAGCCUUUUUACCUGUCUUGUACUACACAACGAAUGGUUAUUGCCAUACAAAAAGUAUGUGCCUUGCUGUAAUGUUUAUUCUACAGUUGUAUUUCUGACCAUCGAAUGGGCAGAUAAGAUUUUAGAUUCUGCGAUAUUUUAGAGCAUAAUUUACAAGAAAAGCAAUGCAAAAAAGUGUAAGUAUCUUAGUCCAUUUGUUAAACAUUUUAGUGAAAUGGUGUAGAAGCUCUAUUGCAGACAUUGUU